GGUCUCAUUCCACGUCUGCGAAGGGAAGUCAGAUCACAGGUCUGAAGUCUCUGCUGUUAUCAAGCCCAUUAUUAAAAUGUGAAUAUCAGCUCGUUGGCAUGCAGUCGGGUGUUUUGUCCCUGGAAUGGAUUUAGAGGAGGCUUACCAGGUAGUUGGAGAAUUCGGUAGAUACCAGAAAAGGAUGGUCACCAUCCUGGUUCUCCUACAGAUUUAUAUGGCAUGUCAGUCCAUGCUCAUCAUUUUAGUGGGUGCUGUGCCAGAAUAUCACAUAGAACCUGUUACUGGACGUCUGGAUGAUGAUAUAACACAAAGUGUGAAAUUCACAGAAGAUGUCAGCUCAAUCGUGACUGAGUGGGACUUGUUUAAGCAUGAAGCCUACAAAGUGAACUUGGCUGGGUCCCUGUUUUUUGCAGGUCUCUUGAUCGGAAAUGUCUUGUUUGGUCCACUCUCUGACAAGAUCGGCAGGAAGCCGGUUUUCCUCACUGGUCUGUUUUUUGAGGUCUUGUUUGGGUAUGGAACAGCGUUAGCACCCAGUUAUGAGAUAUUUGCGUUGUCUCGGCUGCUGGUGGGGAUGAUGAAUGGAGGAAUGGCGUUGGUCUGCUUUGUUCUCACUCAGGAAUAUGUGGGAAAGUCCUAUUGGGCUAUGACAGGGACUUUGACCAAUAUGACCUUUGCAGUGGGCAUCACUCUGUUUGCCGCAUUGGGUUAUUAUGUUCGGCCGUGGCGGGACCUAGCGACUGCAGCCAACUGUCCUGGACUUUUGCUCUUCCUGCUCUGUGUGACUUUGCCAGAAUCUCCACGCUGGCUUUAUUCUCGGGGUCACACGGAGAAGGCUGAGGACAUCCUGCAGGAUUUUGCUGUGAGGAACGGGAAAGGCAGAAUUCUAGUGAAGCUCCGGCGGGCCGUCGGCACCAGUGCCCCGAAGGGGUCCAGUCCUGGGGUUUUCCAGCUGGUCACACAUCCCAUACUGCGCUGGAGGACUGUGGUGCUCAUGUAUGUGUGGUAUUCGUGUAGCCUUGUGUAUUACGGGUUGACCCUCAGUGCCGGUGAAGAUAAAGGUAAUCGUUACCUUAGCGUUGCCAUGUAUGGCCUGGUGGAACUCCCUGCGUAUCCGCUCUGCAUGUACUUCAUUAACAAACAGUGGGCAGGCCGGAGGAAGUCAAUGUCCUAUUUUCUUGCAUUUGCAGGCAUAUCCUGUCUGCUCACGAUGUUUGUACCUGAAUCAGGGUCCUUAUUAAGUGCCACGUCUCUGGCUCUAGUGGGAAAACUGAUGGUCAGUGCUGCAUUUAAUAUUGUGUAUGUGUAUACGUCAGAGCUCUACCCAACUGUGAUCAGGAAUGCAGGGUUAGGUGUGUGUUCCAUGUCCUGUAGAGUUGGGGGAAUUCUUGCACCGUUCGUGCCAAGUAUGAAAUCAUUGCACACCUCCAUGCCAUUUAUGGUGUUCUGUUUGAGUGGGAUUUCGGCGGCUUGCCUGGGGCUCCUUCUGCCUGAGACACUUAAUAAACCUUCUGCUGAAACACUUGAUGAACUGUCCAGCCACACCUACCAGCGAAUCUUACAGCCGCAGGUUCACCUUUUGGAGGAAAAGCAUUUAAUUGACCACAAGGGGACUGAUAGUGACUGAGACAAAGACCUUGAGAGCAUUUCUUACACUUGUUUACAUACAUUCCUUGACCAUGUUCAGAAUGGUGUGCCAUAUACUAACUCACCGAAAGACUAAAGGUGCCUUCCAGAAGAAAUCUGUCUGCUCAAAGGAUCAAUUCAACAGAUUUAACUGUCAGGACUAUUUUUAAAUAAUGGAAAAGGGACUAGAUUCUCAUUCGUAAGCUCUUUUCUGAUAAUGUGUGUCAAUUAUGACAACUAAUUUAAUGUGUUUACUGCCAUUUAUGAACAAAUGACUUGUUCUGUUGUUUUAAUGUGUUUGUGUGUGUGUGUGUGUGUGUGUAAGAGAGAGAGAGAGCUGUGACAUUACAUUCAUCAGCAUGUGUAUAUAUUAUCAUUCAAUUCAUAAUUAAUAAUGGCUGCAAAUUUCUGUGAUGCAGAAUCUUUCUUUUAGGUUGUUUUAAAGAAAUAGUUCACUCAAAAAUUAUAAUUGUAAUUUACUAUUUCAAAUCUUUACUGACAGAUUUUCUGUCAUGCUCAUAUGCUGGUAUUCUGUGCCACAUGUUGAUUUUUGUUAUUUAAUUUUUAAACUUACGUUCAAUCACUUGGACACUAGAUGUGAAAUUCAAGAAAUAUCAGUGGAUAAAUUAGAUUUGGGAUUCAUACUUUUAUUACUGGCGUUUGUUUUAGACUGGUGUUACACUGAAAAAAUAUAUAUAUAAUGUCAGCAUGUUAGUUUGGAUCAACCUGAGGGUGAAUAAUAGAAGAAUUUUUAUUUUUUUAUAUAACUUUUAUUGACCAUUAUUUUUCUUCAAAGGAAGAAGUGAAGUGUUGAACACAUACAUAUUUGUGUAUAUUUAUGUACAUUGCUAAACAUGCAUUUGUUUUUAUUUUAAAAGUUUGGGGGAAAGCUUUUAAAUAAAUGCCUCCCGUAUAAUGCGC